AUGCAGCACAAACAACUCAACCGCACGAUCGCAAUAACGACCGGUUUAAUUAUGUGCGCCGUAUACGUACUGUACACUUUUCACGCCUGCUUGUUGUCCGGGAUCAAUCGCAGUUUAAAGCAGACAGCUGCUGUCACGAUAGGAUCUACGGUAUCUGUAACCACAAAUUCGCCUACGCCACUUCCACACGUUCGCAUCCUGGGUUCCAUUGUACGCAUCGUGCCGCUGGUAGAUGACGAUGCGGUCAAACAGACGGCAACGACGUUACACCUAUUGUCACCAAACACGACCGACGGUUCGCCUAAGUAUCGCUUUCUGCGCCAGCAAGGACUACGACCAUCACGCCAUCUACCGGACGCGCUCAUCAUCGGAGUCAAGAAGAGCGGAACACGGGCCCUGCUAGAGUUUGUGCGGCUACACCCGGACGUACGUGCGGCCGGUUGCGAGGUCCACUUCUUUGACCGGCACUACACGAAAGGGUUGGCCUGGUACCGUCACCACAUGCCGCCAACAAUCGAGGGCCAGAUCACAAUGGAAAAGACACCCAGCUACUUCAUAACGCGUGAAGCACCGCGCCGGGUACGGCACAUGAACCCGUCGACCAAGCUGCUAGUGGUGGUACGCGAUCCGGUCACCCGUGCCAUCUCUGACUACACGCAGGCGAAGAGCAAGAAGCGCGACAUGAAGCGCUUCGAGGAGCUGGCCUUUACGAAUGGGUCGGCCGGAGGCGUAGUCGACACCAGCUGGGGACCGGUCCGAAUCGGUGUUUACGCGAAGUACCUGGAACGAUGGCUGGAGUGCUUUCCGCUGUCACAGCUGCUGUUCGUGAGCGGUGAACGGUUGAUCGCCGACCCAGCGGUAGAGAUCGGCCGCGUGCAGGAUUUUCUGGGGCUGAAGCGCGUGGUCAACGAAAAACAUUUCUACUUCAACUCGACAAAGGGUUUCCCCUGCCUGCUCAAGUCGGAGGAACGCUCCAGCCCGCACUGUCUCGGCAAGACGAAAGGGCGCAACCAUCCGCGAAUCGACAGUGGCGCGCUGGACCGCCUGCGGGAGUUCUAUCGGCCGUUCAACCAGAAGUUUUACCACCUCACUGGCAUCAAUUUCGGCUGGCCAUAG